GAAACCAUCUCAGAUUCUCAACACAAUAGAGCAACUCAUACAUUCCUCCUCUCCUCCAUUAAUGACGAUAAAAGUCCAUGGCAGCGUGUUCUCGACUGCAACGUUGAGAGUUCGUGUUUGCCUGAAUGAGAAAUCUCUUGACUAUGAGUUUAUCCACGUCGACCUUCGCUCCGGCCACCACAAGCAGGAUUCUUUUCUUUCCCUCAAUCCCUUCGGUCAAAUCCCGGCCUUUCAAGAUGGAGACCUCAACCUCUUCGAAUCAAGGGCAAUCACUCGGUACAUCGCGCAUUCAUACGCUGGGAAAGGCGCUCCACUAGUAUCUUCGGAUGCAAAGAAGGCGGCGGUGGAGGGCGUUUGGGCGGAGGUGGAGGCUCAGAGGUACGAGCCUCCAGCGGCGAAGCUGACGUGGGAGCUGGGAAUCAAGCCCAUUUUGGGAAUGGCAACAGAUGAUGAUGUGGUCAAGGCUCAAGAGACCGAGCUGGAGAAGGUUCUUGACGUGUACGAGCCCCGCCUCGCCCACUCCAAAUACUUGGGCGGCGACGCCUUCUCUCUGGCGGACCUCCACCACCUCCCCACCUUGAAAUAUCUUAUGGCCUCGCCGGUGAAGGCGGUUUUCGAGGCCCGCCCUCACGUGGCUGCUUGGGUGGCCGAAAUCAUGGCUAGGCCAUCCUGGCAGAAGGUUCUAGCUGAGUGCUGAGCUUUGGCUAAGUGUUUUAUAUCAUCACCUUUCCACUAUUUCAUGAUUUCUUUCAAGUUUCAACUAUAAAUUCCCUACACCAUUUGUCACGUGAAAUAGUCAAGUUGCAUGUAUUAGUGCUCCAACUUCAAAAUCUGCCUUGUUUCAUUUACCCUACUCAUUUUCCUUCACUGUAUUUGGAUAUUCACGCAUAGUAAUAAUAACAAUAAUAUUAUUACACUGUCAUUAAA